AUGAGCCCCUCCCAUCCUGCUUUCCAGUCCUGGAUAUAUCUUUCUCUCUGGGGUCUCCCUCUGAUGCCAGCAGUGUUGGCCCAGCGAGGCUCACGCACCCAGGCUGAGGACCGCCUGUUCAAACACCUGUUUGGAGGCUACAAUCGCUGGGCGCGGCCAGUAUUCAAUACCUCCGAUGUGGUCAUCGUGCGCUUUGGACUUUCCAUUGCCCAGCUCAUAGAUGUGGAUGAGAAGAAUCAAAUGAUGACCACCAAUGUCUGGCUAAAGCAGGAGUGGAGUGACUACAAGCUGCGCUGGGACCCAGCUGAGUUUGGCAACGUCACCUCCCUCCGGGUCCCUUCAGAGAUGAUUUGGAUCCCAGACAUCGUUCUCUACAACAAUGCAGAUGGGGAGUUUGCGGUGACCCACAUGACCAAGGCCCAAAUCUUCUUCACGGGCAUCGUGCACUGGGUGCCCCCCGCCAUCUACAAGAGCUCCUGCAGCAUCGACGUGACCUUCUUCCCCUUCGACCAGCAGAACUGCAAGAUGAAGUUUGGCUCCUGGACCUAUGAUAAGGCCAAGAUUGAUUUGGAGCAGAUGGAGCAGACGGUGGACCUGAAGGAAUACUGGGAGAGCGGCGAGUGGGCCAUUAUCAACGCCACGGGAACCUAUAACAGCAAGAAGUACGACUGCUGCGCCGAGAUCUACCCUGACGUCACCUACUACUUCGUGAUCCGCCGGCUGCCCCUGUUUUACACCAUCAACCUUAUCAUCCCGUGCCUGCUCAUCUCCUGCCUCACCGUGCUGGUCUUCUACCUGCCCUCUGAGUGCGGGGAGAAAAUCACCCUGUGCAUCUCGGUGCUGCUCUCGCUCACCGUCUUCCUGCUGCUCAUCACGGAGAUCAUCCCGUCCACCUCGCUGGUCAUCCCGCUCAUCGGCGAAUACCUGCUCUUCACCAUGAUCUUCGUCACCCUCUCCAUUGUCAUCACGGUCUUCGUGCUCAAUGUACACCACCGUUCCCCCAGCACCCACAACAUGCCCCGCUGGGUGAGGGGGGCCCUGCUAGGCCGGGUGCCCCAGUGGCUGAUGAUGAACCGACCCUUGCCACCUAUGGAGUUCCAUGACUCUCCCGGUCUGAAGCUCAACCCUGCUUAUCACUGGCUAGAGACCAACAUGGAUGCUGAAGGAAGGGAGGAGACAGAGGAAGAGGAGGAAGAUGAAAAUAUUUGUACAUGUGCAGGCUUCCCAGAUGCUUCCAUGGGUAUCCUCUAUGGCCAUGGCAGCCUGCAUCUGAGGGCCCUGGAGCCUGAGUUCAAGGCUCCCUCUCAGGAUAGCGAGAUCGUGCUGUCCCCUCAGAUACAGAAAGCACUAGAAGGUGUACACUACAUUGCUGACCAUCUGAGGUCUGAGGAUGCCGACUCUUCGGUAAAGGAAGAUUGGAAGUACGUGGCCAUGGUGAUAGACCGGAUAUUCCUCUGGCUGUUCAUUAUUGUCUGCUUCCUGGGGACCAUCGGGCUCUUCCUCCCUCCAUUCUUGGCUGGGAUGAUUUGAUCUCAAGUCCCUUGUGUUGGCUCCAAGAUGACUUCUGGCCUUCUCUAACUGAAGCCAUCUCUAGAAUGUUCUUUUGGGUCAAUACCAUCUGUCUGCAGUUUCUCCGAGGCCCCCAAACUAGUUUAGACUUUACACCCUCUUUGGAACAGCUCACAGUGAUAUUGUUGUGCCACGUGCUGAGACCACUCCACAUGACACCUGCUUAGGGAUGCUGGAGAACCAGAAACAGCGAAGACAUUUGCUUUAAAGAAGCUGACAAUGUGGUGGUGACAUGAGGAAGAAUAAGAUAUUCCUGAAAGAGGAAUAGGAGCCAUAUAUGACCAAAGGAUCAAACAAAGGGACGGAGGGGUCAGACCAGGGCAAAGGGAAUUAGAACACCACCCCAAGGAUGGGCACGUGGGGACAAAGGGCCUGGUGCAGGAGAGUUCUGAACAGCACUUUGGAUUCAGAGUGUCAGUCCAGACAAGCAGGGUGGGGAGUCUGGGAAGGCAGGGUGGGUAUCUUUAAUCCAGACCUCGGAAGAAGUUCGGGGUCUUCUCUGAACCUGUCUCCGUGUGCUUUGUGAGGCAAAUAUCAACAAGACAAGACUAUUUCCAGAAGGAGUGAGGCACAGAAGUCCCCAACCUAAGGGUCUUGACCCCUUUUGCAUAUUAGAUAUCUUAUAUAGCAGGUAUUUGUAUUAUGAUUCCUACCAGUAGCAAAAUUAUAGUUAUGAAGUAGCAAUGAAAUGAUUUUAUGAUGGGGGGGUCAUCACAACAUAAGGAGUUUACUGUAUUAAGGGUCACAGUACUAGGAAGGUUGAGAACCACUGGUCUAGAGGUCCUGGUGGAGGCUUGCGGCAGAGGAAUGGCAUGUGGCUGGGUGGAAGUGGCUGGGCUGUGAUUCAUCUGAAAGCACCUUUGAACCCCAGGUUGCCCUCAGCAUCAUGUCUCACGAUUCUGUGCCACAAAGAGGAUUAGUAAUUGCUGCCAGGGAUCAGGGCCACCUUCAAAUCAUCAGUGGACACACCAAGAAGUCAAUCUCCACUGGGGGUACCCUCUUGUCACCCAAAGGCCCUGGUCUCCAAUUCCCUGCUCUGUCAGCAUGCCUUGCCUAGGAACUGAAGGUUUGCUUCAAGCUCUUUAGAUUACACACUCCUUUAGGGCAGAACCUCUGCUUCUGUUUUCUCUCCAACCCAGCCCCACGCUGGGUGAUGGAACUCAGCACCUGGACCAUUCGUUCUGAGUAGUGGAAAGAAACGAGCCUGGCUACUCUGGGCCCCAGAACCACUGGAUACCAUCCAAUGUUCAGGGACGUUUCUUCCCCAAGCAACCGUUCCGCAGUCCCAUCAGGUGGCUAGCCGGCUCUGAACUGUUCUGUGCAGUUUACUCUUGCACUUGGAAUAUUACAAGGCCCUUCACUGCAUAGGAGCCCAGGGGAUCGGGCCUCUCACAACACUGUCCAGUCCCUGAGGAGUCAGACCUCAGAAGCUUACAGCAAUGACAUCCCUGAUUGCUAAUAGAUAUAGAGACCAAGGCAGGAAGCAGAGUAGGGCAAGCUUCUGGUGUGUCUGUCUCAGGGUAUUCUCCUUCUGAACCCCACACACUGUGCUUUGACAGACCCAAGGGAAACCUGCUCACCAAAGGCCUCACUGGAACACUCUGCUAUCAGUUCCCAUGAGCCCCUAAUCAGUCACUAAUUCAGUUCUUGGCUCUUCCUUCCUCCAGUGAAGGCAGCCUGUGGCCUCCCGUCUACUUGUUCUAAGCCCUUGGAUGUGAUUUCCUGAUGGGAGAUACUUUGUUGCAUGCUUGUCCACAUCUCCCUCCUCCUUGCACGCGAGUGAAAUGCUGAAAUAAAGCUGAGAUGGUUGCU